AUGCCCGGCCUAGUCGUCAACGGGCAGGCCGCCGCCACCACCGCCCCCAAGGCGCCGCACGUCGUCGGCCCGACGACCAGGACGGCGACGCGGCCCACGAACCCGCUCCCGCAGUACCUCAACGACGAGGCUCGGCGGACGCCGCGUGAAGCCUUUGACGCGCGGCGGCACCUCGCCUUCCAGCCGCCAGCCCGCGUCGUCACCAUGAGGGAGAUUGGGCUCGAGGGCCACGGCAUCUCGCCCAACGCCGUGUCGGACCCGUUUCCGCUCUUUACACACGAGGCGGUGCGGCAGAUGCGCGCUGAGAUUUUUAGUGAUGAGGUGCUGCGGGAGUGCCAGUUUGCGUCGACGUUUAACAAGAAUAUGAUUCGGGGCAUGGGGCCUGCGCGCGCCCCGUUUGUCUACUCGGCGUGGAAGUCGCCCGAGCUCGUCGCCAGCAUCUCCCAGGUCGCGGGCGUGGACCUGGUGCCGUCGAUAGACUACGAGAUCGCCACGGUCAACAUUUCAGCCGACGACGAGGAGCAGCAUCAGCAGCCCAUGUCCGUGGAGCGGAGCUGCGCCGAUGGGCAGAACGAGAAGGGGGGGGACCCGCUGGGCGACGGGCUGUCGGCCGUGGCGUGGCACUACGACAGCUUCCCGUUUGUGUGCGUGGUGAUGCUCUCGGACUGCAGCGACAUGGUGGGCGGGGAGACGGCGCUGCGGACGGCGUCGGGCGAGGUUCUCAAGGUGCGCGGGCCGGCCAUGGGCACCGCAGUGGUGCUGCAGGGCCGGUACAUCGAGCACCAGGCGCUCAAGGCGCUGGGCGGGCGCGAGCGCAUCGCCAUGGUGACGUGCUUCCGGCCGCGCAGCCCGCACGCGCGCGACGAGACGGUGCUGACGGGCGUGCGCGCCAUCAGCCACCGGUCGGACCUGUACGCGCAGUACACCGAGUACCGCCUCGAGGCGCUCGAGGAGCGCGUCCGCGCGAGGCUGCGCGCCGAGCGCCUGCGGGAGCGCGCGGCGAGGCCGUUUGACGUGCCCGGCGCGCGGGCCUGGCUGGUAGAGCAGAUGGGCUACCUCGAGGCGAUGCUGGCGGAGAUGGUUGACGAGUGA